GCGAGCGGUGAAGAGACGGGAGGCAGCACACGGCUCAGCCUCCGCUAACACGCACAUCUGGACGCAGCACUCGCAUCUGGAGACGGACUCGCCACAACUUUUCUCUCUGUAUCUGUGAGCUGUUUGAGCCCCGGAGGAGGAGGAGGAGGAGAUGAUAAAGAGGCUGCAUGUUUCAUGCUUGGGAUUUUUACAGAAAGCAAAGCGAGAUUUCUCUCCUGCGUGAAGCCUUGCAUCCUCCCACUGCCGAGAAGAAAAAACAGAGGACUGGCUUUGCACAAAUUAGCCGGAGGACAAAGACACAGUGAGCAACAGCGCAGACGAGAGAGUGUGUGAGUGGAGCGUGAGGCGUUUGCCGCUGCCUGCGAGUGAAGUGGACUAGAUGGAUGGUGACUUCUUUGAAAAUCUGAUCCUGGACUCGGGGCGGGCUGUGGACGGCAGACAGCUGGGGCUGUGACUCACAACACCCGACUUGGCGAGAAAACAAAGACGUGCUACAACUACGACGAGCCUCCUUCAUCACGUUUGGAAAAGAACAAUCUUGAGCCUCAGACUCCGUUUCCUUCACAGGAAAAUGACUUUUAUGCCCGCGUGAAGCUUGAAAAGAGGAAUCAAAAAAGGGAUCAAACGAGACGACCCAGUGAUAAAAGUCACCGACCAAACCAGGAUCUAACAUUCGGAGAGGACUUGUGUCUGUGUUGGAGGUACAAAGGUGCAGCUAUGGGCUAAACUAAUUACACGAGGUGAGAGGAAGUCAUGCCGAGCGCUCCACACAGCUGGUUUAUAAUGUUUUCUCUGGAUGGAAUAAAACGGACCACAAAGGAGAAUAUUUUAAUACCUCGACCUGCACCUGCUCUUUUUUUCCCCCACUUUCCUGAAUCCCUGGAUGAGUUUUAAAGCAGCUAAACUUUGACUGCGCUUCACUUUCUAUCUUAACUUUUAACCUGUUGCCAAAAUAGUUCUUAGAUUUUCUUCCACCUGCUCACUUUCAGCCUGCUGCUGCCCGUAAAAUACAGAGCAGAAAGGGAUUUGUUUACACUGGCACACCUGAAAACCGCCUCUCCAGCUGGCUGCAGGUUGGCGUGUGGAUGCAGAUGCAGUCGCCUCAUUCAACAUUAACCAGUUUAGACAAAACAAACACUUGUGCAGGAGCAGGGAAACCCGGCGAGCAUGCAUUACUCUGACAUUCUGUUUGUGCCAACAAAGCAAAUAAGCUUUCUGUCCCAGAUGUGAGGGAUGUAAACAUUUACACAUUCGCCCCGUGGCAGGAACAUUAGCAGAAGAGAAACUUUAAAAGUAAAAAGACUGUGAACAAGAUAAAGAUGAAAAACAAGUAUGUACGGUCUGGUUUGUUUAGUGCUUCAGGAAUCCUUUUUUACAUUUCGUCAGAAUGAGAUGAAACCCACGGCGUGAAGGAUGUGAAAAGUACUUUUAAAAAGGCAUUUACACCGUUCUGAAGUGGAGAAAGUAACAGAGACAUAAACUGGGUCACAGAGAGGAGACAGUAAACAGAUCGCUGUCUGCUGAUGCCAACAGUGUGCUGGGGGCAUCAUGGUGUGUGUCGGCGGUAGCUGUGGCGUUGUGCAGGGCGUGGUGACACCAGCUGUUCUAGCGGCGUCGCUGUCGUGGUGGUCUGUUGUUGUGCUGUUGGUUUGUCUCCAGCUCCCCCAGCUGAGCUCGGUCCAGGCCUCUAUCUGCUUGUCCCAGGGCUCCGCCCAGACCGGCAGAUGCCUCUGUGCCUCGGACAUCCUCAGCUGCACUGGCGUAGGUCUGGAGCAGGUCCCCAGAGAGAUGCCCGUCUCCGCUGUCACUCUGGACCUCAGCCAUAACCGGAUUGUGCAGUUGGAGGCGGGCGGCUUUGAAGGACUUUAUCGAUUGGAGACACUGAGGUUAGCGCACAACCAGCUUACCACUAUUCACCCGGGGGCAUUUCGAAACACCUCUGGGACUCUGCUCCAUCAUCUGGACCUGUCGUCCAAUCAGCUGCAUGUUCUGGAGCAGCAUUAUUUUCUAGAUUUGCCAGGACUGGAGGAGCUGCUGCUGUACAACAACCGCAUCGUCCACGUGGAGAGCAGCGUUCUGGCCGGACUGAGCUGCCUCCGAAAGGCCUACCUCAGUCACAACCGUCUCACCGACUUCCCCUUCUUUUCCAUUCAGGAGCACAGCCACCCUCACCUGUCCAUGCUGGACCUGUCCUCAAACCGCCUGCCCAAACUACCCCUGGAGGACAUAUGGAACCUACCCGUUUCAAUCCAGAGAGGACUCUACCUUCACAACAACUCCCUGGUGUGCGAGUGCUCCAUGUACGGUCUGUUCCGGCACUGGGAGCAGAGAGGGUUCGCCUCAGUGAGAGACUUCAGACAGGAGCACACCUGUCUGGUCUACGGGAUCCAGAGAGGCACCGUGCGCUUCGUCCAGCACGACCGCUACUUUGCGAAAUGCAACAUGAGCGCGCUGAGCGGGCUGCUGAAAGAGCAGGACAGCAGUGUUUUAGUGAAGGCAGGGACGGCGGUGCUGCUGCACUGCGUCACCACCCUCAGCGGACAGCAUGUGACCUUUCUCUGGGUGUCACCGAAUCAGGAGUACGUGGCGCCGCCGGGAAACAACGGAUCUUUAAAGAUGUACGCCAACGGUAGCUUGGAGAUCUUGGCGGCGCGUGUGGAGGACGCUGGUAUCUACUGGUGUAUGGCUCUGGACCAGCAGCAGCGGCGCAACGAAACGCGGGAGGUCAACGUGACCGUGGUGCUGCACCCCGACAGCGAGCCUUACGAGUCCUUCAACACCGGAUUCACCACCCUGCUGGGCUGUGUGGUGAGCCUGGUGCUGGUCCUCAUGUACCUCUACCUGACGCCCUGCCGCUGCCCUCCCUGUCCCAAGGCCUCGACCCCGGCCGCGGCCACCGUGAGCCAGGGGCACGAGGCCGGGGCAGGGAGCGCCCAAUCCUCCAUCCUCACCCCGACCCCGCCGGCGACCACUGAGGGCCCGGGCCGCAAGGUCAGUACCAACAAGCAUGUGGUCUUUUUGGAGCCUAUCAAAGAGCAGCAGAACGGCAGACUCAGGGCGGGGCCGGGAGCCGGGGCGAUGCACGGACACCUGGGACCGGGGUUACUGCUAGGGGCCGAGCAGCACUCAAAGCUCCACAAACAGUCGCAGGCGAGGGCCGGAGAGGCGGACUCCAUCGUGUCCGUGUUCUCAGACAGUCCCAUCAUGCUGCCGUAGAGACUCUGACACUAUCCCCACCUCUCACUCCCUUCCUCGCUCUGCUCCACGGUUACCUCCUCACCACCUCCCGCCGCACCCAGCACUCGACCUGAGCAAACCCGUAAUCCAACACCGACUGAGAGCUUUUACAAUCGAUAUUUCUUUGCGAGGCUUUGAGGCUUUCAGCUGCCUGAACACAACAGAUCAAGUGCAAUUUUAAAGAGACUGAAUACCAAAUUUACAUGUAUUAUUGUUUGCCCAGGUCUGCCCUCUUAAGCCCUACAGCCAUGACCCAGCGCACUGUGACGGGGUGGGCUCGCGCAGACCGACAGGGUGGGGGUGGGUGAGGGGGGGGGGGGGGGACGGUGCUCAUCGAGAAGACAGGAAAGAAUAAGACGGCAGGGAGGACAAACUACAAACCUGUCAGAAUGAAAACAGACCAAAAAUAGCUGCGGAUACUGAUACUCAAAGCCUGAGCCAGGAACUUGUGUUUAAGAUCGCAGAAACACAUCUGAAAAAGGACGUGGGGGGGGGGGGGUUUCCUGCGACCACGAAGAGCAUGGACUGCUGCUGAAAGUGCACAGGGCUGCCCCUUUAAGCACGGCUUGUACCUUUAAUGAACAUUUAGCUCCAGAUGCCUUCUUGUUGAGACAGAGAAAAUAAUAAAAUAAUCUUUUUGUAGAGCUUUUUAGCAUUUCCUUUUGUUCCUCAGUGUGUCAGUUGAUUAGAGCCAAACUGAUCUGCAUAGCGUAGCUCUGUCACAAAGUGAAAUGUUUUUAGAGUAGACAAGCUGGAGGAGAAGAAGAGGAAGAGCUUUUAGCAAAGUAAAAAUAGAAACUGUUUUUAAAGGAUAUGGUUUGAUUCUCCCUCCUCCCUCCUCCUCCUCCUCCUCCUCCUCCUCUCUCCUGGAACAUGAUUACUGUCUUCAUAAGUCAGAACAGAGUUCCAGGAAAACAAAAGGGAAAUGAAUAAAUAAAUAAAUCAAAAACUUUCGACAUCAGUUGAAAUUAUUUAUGCUCGGAGGCAGUGGAACUUUUUUUUAAAAGGUUUAACAUACAUGAAAGUUAUUUUCACUCUGAGACAACAGAAAGAUUUGCCUUUGUGACUGACAGGACAAUCAGGGCAGACGUGUUUUUGUUUUUAUUGUCUUCACUGUAUUCACUGCAUCUUCCCGUCCUCACACUGCCUCUCUCUCCUUCCUGUCUCUCGUCCUCCUCUCUUUAUCUGUGUGUUAAUAAACCUCUGUAUCUGGACCGUC